CUUCUACAAGAGUCUAUUAAACAAUGGCAGCCACCAUUUUCAAAGCCCAUUAGCAAACCCACCCACCCAAGAAACCUAAUUUGAGAAAAACCCUCGAUUGUUUUCUAUGUUUGGGAAUGGAUUCUGUUGCAGGGAAGAAGAAAUCGUCUGGAUCUUCGAGUAUGCUGGCGCCCGGAUUCCGGUUCCAUCCGACGGACGAGGAGUUGGUGCGGUACUAUUUGAGGAGAAAAGUCUGCGGGAAGGGGUUUCGGUUUGAUGCGAUUUCGGAGAUCGAUAUUUACAAGGCGGAGCCUUGGGAUCUUCCUAGCUUUUCAAGGCUAAAGACUAGAGAUCUAGAAUGGUAUUUCUUCAGCGUGCUGGAUAAGAAGUAUGGAAAUGGAGCAAGGACCAAUCGAGCGACUGAAAAAGGUUACUGGAAGACAACUGGGAAGGACAGGGCUGUCUACCAUAAAGCUCAAAUUGUUGGGAUGAAGAAAACCCUUGUUUAUCAUAGUGGCCGUGCUCCAAAGGGGCAGAGGACUAACUGGGUUAUGCAUGAGUACAGGCUUGCAGACCUGGAGUUGGAGAAAGCUGGCAUUGUUCAGGACGCAUUUGUGCUGUGCCGAGUCUUUCAGAAGAGUGGUUCAGGGCCGAAGAACGGUGAACAGUAUGGGGCACCAUUUGUGGAAGAGGAAUGGGAUGAUGAUGAGUUGGAAUUGGUUCCAAAAGAGGAGGCUGCUGAGGAAGUUGACUUUGUUGAUGAUGCUUAUUUGGAUGGUGAUGACCUUGAGCAGAUUCUUGGACCAGAUGUUCCAUCUGAUACUUCUCCUCUUCCAUUGAAGUUCCAACCUGCAGAUGGCAGCUAUGGCGAGGAAACCGCAGAAUCUGUCAAUGACACUCAACAGCUCUUGGUCAAUGCAGGAGAACAAUAUUGUGAAGCUGAGCAGCAUGAGGAUAAGAACUUUUAUGAUUUGCCUGCUCCAUAUGAUAUGACUGUAAGAGCAGUCAAGCAUGAAUACAUCGGUGAAUCCAGCAAGUCUGGGAAUUCUGAUGAUUUAGAUUACUUACUUGAUGAACCAUUCCUGGAUUCUUCUGACAACCUCCAAUAUGGAAAUGGAGGAUUCAUUGAAUCUAACGAUCUACCAAAUUCAGCCGCCGAAACUAAUACCUCUGCUUUUGACAUGCUUGAGGAGUACCUUACAUUCUUUGGUGCCAAUGAUGAUAACGCACAACACUUUGCAUACGAUCCUUCAGUGAUGCUGGGAAGUGAGGAACUUAUCUCAGAUCAAGCAUUGCUUCCUCAGGAAUUGAAUGGCGAAACUGAGAAAUCUACAUUGCUGAGUGGACAAAUUGAUGACAACAAUGAUAAUGAUGCUGCAUCACCAUCUGAUAAGCAAGAUUCGGCUAAAUAUGAAUCAGAUGUUCAAUAUCCAUUCAUCAAACAGGCAAGUCAUAUGUUGGGCAGCAUCCCUGCCCCCCCGGCCUUUGCUGCAGAGUUUCCAUCAAAAAGUACAACUCUUCGUCUCAAUUCCUUAUCUCAACCUUCCAGUUCGGUUCAUGUUACUGCUGGCAUGAUCCAAAUAAGAAAUUUGACAACCGAUGGCAAUGGAAGAGUCCAGUCAUUUGGCAAGCCUGAGAACUUCAACAUUGUCCUUUCUUUUGGCUUUUCACGGGGCAACGAUGGUUCUGCUAGUCUGGAAUCAAGUGUUAGCAUACUUCCAGGGAAGACUUUGUCUACCCUAUCCAGGGGUUGGUUCUGCUUCAUAUUUUUCUGGGUCCUAAUUCUUUCCAUGAGCUUCAAAAUAGGGACCUGUAUAUGCGCAAAGUAGACUUUCGGGAGUGCUCAACUAACGCUCUAAUACAAAUUGCACAAGUGAAAAGCUUCAAUAUGUAUUCUCAAACUGGAAAUCCGCCUACGGCUGAUACCCUUUUUUUUUUCUUUUUGGUUCUCCAAUGGAAUAGGUGGUUAGGAAAAAAUAGGAUUCUUCUUGGAGCAGUCCACUGACUGCUGCUACAAAAUGUUAGGAUAUAUUGGUAUAAAAUCGCUGGACAAAGUUCUGGAUUAUAAGAUACUCAGCUUCUGCCCUGGAAGCACUGACACUAGUUCUGUGACUUUAUUUUAUUUACUGUGUAGCGAGUUUAUGGUUUUUGGCUGGA